AUGUCAAAUCAUAAAACCAAACCUCUUGAUUUAAGCAUUAACCCAUUUUCUAUUGCCGCUCAAUUAAAAACCUCAGCUAAUAAUGGUGAUGAUGAGGUCUCUACAACUUCAGAAGAAGAGAAUAAUUUUCAAGGACCAUUAAAUAAAUAUAUGUUUUGUCUUUGGUGUAAGGAAGCUGGUAAAAAUAAUAAUUUUACUAAAGGUUGUGAGUUUUUAAAAAAGCAAAGCCUGGACCGUCAUAUUAUUACUAGUGAUCACCAGAUAGUUUGUGCUGCCCGAAUACAAUCCCAAGUUACUUUAUAUUCUAGUUUUGCUGUUCAAGCUGGAACUGAUCAAAUUAAAAUUAUGAGAAAUAUGCGUAAUAUAUACUUUUUAAUUCAGCAUAAUUUGUCUACUAAUAUAUUUGAGGAUUUAUGUAAGUUAUCUGAAAUUCAACGUGCUGAAAAUCAAAACCAAUUUGAGUGUGGCACUGAAAUUUUAAAUAUUUUCAAUAAUGAUUUUUCUGCUAAUGAUGAACGAGCACCAUAUGGUAGUUAUCAAAAUAAUGUUUCAGCUCAUGAAUUUAUUAAAUUAAUUGGCCAUGUUAUAGAACAAGUUUUAGCAAUUGUUUCCAAACACUCAAUUGCACCAGCAAAACCACUUUACCGAUUUCUUGGAUUAAUUUCCUUAACAAAUAGUACCGCAAAUACAAUUAUAGCUAAAAUUAAUCGAUUUGUUCUAGCAAAAAAUAUAUCAUAUGAUAAGUUAAUGCAUAUUUGCACUGAUGGUGCUAGUACAAUGAUAGGUAUUCAUAGUGGAGUAGCGACUCAACUUAAAAAUAAGAACCCCUUUAUUUUAGAACAUCACUGUAUUUCUCAUAAAUUAGCAUUAGCUGCAAAGGAUGCUGCAAAGCAACGUAUAAUGCACCUUAAAAUGAUAGAAGAAAAUAUUGGUGAUCCUCAACUUACAGUUUUGAAUAUUAUUGAAACUCGUUGGUUAUCGUUAUCUAAUAUUAUUCAAAAUUUGCAUCAAAUUUUAAACUCUAUAAGUGAUGCAUUGCUUGAAGAUUUGAAUGAAAAUAUGAUCGCUCAAGCCUUGUAUAACAGCAUUGAUAAAAAUUUUAUUAUAACAACAAAAUUUUUUGCUGAUAUACUUGGAAUAUUAAAGCGAAUGAAUCUUCUUUUUCAAAAAAAUAAUAUUACAAUUCAUGAAGUAAAGACUCAGCUUGAUAUUACCAUUCAUACUAUUCAAGUACAGUUCCUUGGAGUUGAACCAACUUGGGGAAUUCAUUUACGCAAAUAUAUAAUCGAUAAUGAAAUUAGUCCAACAGAAUUACCUAUUAUUAUUACAAAAUUUGCAUGUGCUAUAGUCGAAUCAUUAGAAAAAAGGUUUCCAAACCGAAUUCAAAUUGAUGCAUUUCAUAUUUUUGAUCUGAUGGCUUUACCAGUUAAUAAUUCAGAUUUUCAAAAAUAUGGUGAAGAUGAAAUCAAAAUUUUGGAAGCUUGGAAACGUAUAUUUCUUGAUCUUCCUACUUUUAAUGAAAUUUAUCCAGAAACUGCAAAGUUAAUUUCUAUCUUAAUUAAUCUUCCUUUAACCAAUGCAGUUGUUGAGCGAAUUUUUUCUAGACAAAAUUUAAUCAAAACAAAACUUCAAAAUCGUAUGAGCAUUUUUACACUUAAUUAUCUUCUUCUUGUUUCUUUUAAUGGACCUAAAUUAGAGAAUUUUGAUUUUCAAUUAGUAUAUCAAGAAUGGUGCAAACUUGAUCGUUGA